AUGUUGGCAGCUGCCCCACCAUGGCCUCCUGGGCUCUCCUGCUCCUUGCCUUGGCGCUCCUGGGCUCCCCAGAUCUGGCCUUUUCUAGUCUGACCCCUGAGCGCUCUGUCCUGGCCAUAGCCAACUUGGGUGAUGGAGAGCAGCUCGGCCGGGGCCUGGCCCAGGAGGACCCCCAGGAUAAACUGUCGACCACAAGAAAGGAACAGGGCCUCCUUACUUGUUGUCUCUGCCAGAAGAUCAUCAAGCAUCUGCAGAAAAUUGUGGGAGACCAGCCUAAUGAGGACACCAUUGCCCAGGCUGUGUCCCGGGUGUGCAACAAGAUGAAGCUCCUGAGAGGCGUCUGCGAGAAGACCAUGAGAAAAUUUUUUGGACGCAUUUCCCGAGAUGUCAUUGCUGGCAAAGAUCCCCAUGCAGUUUGUGUGGACAUCUUUAUAUGCAAAUCUCGAGCAGGCCAUCCUGGAGUGAAAUCACAUUUCCACCUCUCCUCAGAUGUGUGACCCUGGGGCUCCUGUGAGCCUCUGGGGCCUCUGGCUGCACCCUGGGGAGAAAGCACAAGAACUCCAGCACUGGCUGCUGCUCCUUCCUUCCUAAAUCCACAGCCAGUCUCCAGGUUCUCUCACCUCCCUCUUCCAUUGCCUUCCCCCUCUUGGAAAAUAAACUAUUGUGCAAGGUUUUA